CGCGGCGCGACGGACACCUAAUAUUUUGACGUCUGUGGGUCCUCACGGGAGGGUGUGUUUACAUUGUCGUCACAACAUUUUGCCGAAGGAGAUCAAGCUCACACACACCAGCUGCUGCCAUGUUCCACGGAAUACCAGUGACAGGAGGGAUAGGAGGAGCCCCAGCCAAUAAGCCUGAGUUAUAUGAGGAGGUGAAGCUAUACAAAAAUGCAAGAGAACGAGAGAAGUAUGACAACAUGGCGGAGUUGUUUGCUGUCGUCAAAACUCUUCAGGCUCUGGAGAAAGCUUACAUCAAAGACUGUGUCACACCAAAUGAGUACACGGCUUCUUGCUCAAGACUUUUGGUUCAGUAUAAGGCUGCUUUCAAACAGGUCCAGGGCUCUGAUGUGGGCUCCAUCGAUGACUUCUGCAGGAAGUACAGGCUUGAUUGCCCACUCGCCAUGGAGAGGAUUAAGGAGGAUCGGCCAAUCACCAUCAAGGAUGACAAGGGCAAUCUGAACCGCUGCAUUGCAGAUAUAGUUUCUCUCUUCAUUACUGUGAUGGACAAGCUGAGACUGGAGAUCAGGGCCAUGGAUGAGAUCCAGCCAGACCUGAGAGAGCUGAUGGAGACUAUGAACAGAAUGAGCAACAUGCCUCCAGACUCUGAGGCUAAAGACAAAGUCAGCCUCUGGUUGACCACCCUCAGCAGCAUGUCGGCCUCAGAUGAACUGGAUGAUUCUCAGGUUCGUCAGAUGCUGUUUGACCUCGAAUCGGCCUACAAUGCCUUCAACCGCUUCCUCCACUCCUCUUAAACCGUCCCUCCAUCCUACAUCCAUCUGUCUGGACUUCUCCCUCUAAUACCUGAUUAAAAAAAUGAAGCACUCUACCUUUGUAGAGAGUGUAUCUGCGUCUGGACAGGUGUUCUUGUUCACACCCUCUUUCCCUUCCUUUCCUCUGUCAGCAUUAGUUUCCUGUGCUCCUAUUGAUGUUCUGUACCAUUCAAUCUCUUGACGUGACUGUCUCUGGUACAUGGUUGUGCACUCCAGAGCAGCUCUCGAUGCUGUCUGCAGCCUUGCCCACUGGGCUCUACCUGUGCUGUGAGGUGCUCCAUUAGCCUCCCUUUUACCCAAAGCAGGGUGGUAAAUCCUUUUACAUCGUCCGUUCACCCUGCUCUUGAGAAUAGUUUACUUCUCACUUUGUAAUAUCAAAAAGGGUCUAAUUUUAUACGUAAGUGUCACAGAGCAACAAAAAGCAUGACAAAAUUAUAUUGGACAAAGUGUGCACAAGAUGAAAGGUUGUGUCAGCCAAAGCCUUUAUAUAAUUAGAAAGAAGUAUAUACCUUUUUUUUUUUUUUUUUUCCUAAAUAUGUGCCCGCUACCUGAUGGGGCUCAAAAAUCAUACAAAAUUUAGGAGUCAGAUUUGCAUUUUUUUUUUCUCGGCUGUGUAAUCACUUUUCUAAUGCAUCAGAUCUGUUUUUACUGCAGUAUACUUACACUAGUGUUUGUCAGUACAGUAAAAGAAGCUGAGAAAGGGUAAAUCUGCUUCGUCUAUCAGUUGAUGUAUAUUAAUGAUAUUCAACUGAAAUAAUUGUCUGGCUUUAAAGAUCACUGUAGCACACUUCAAAUUCAUCAUUACAUUGGUGGAAGAAAUGUUUAUGUUUACUUGUUUUCCUCUUUGUGCAUAUUUUCUAUCACUAGCACUGUUUUCAGUUAAUAUGUCUAGUUCAGAUUUUGUCUAGAAGCGAGGGUUUGGCCACAUUGAGUGGGCAAAAGAGAGGUGGACACAAACCCCUCCUAAUUUUGCUUACUAAAUAUGUUUCAACCCUCAACAACAAUUAGGGAGAACAUAUUUAUUAAGAAUUAUCAUUGUAAAUAAUAGUUUUGAAUUUUAAAUAAAACAUGUAACACCUUUUUAGAAAUAAAGCUGAAAAAAAAAUCUACCUC